AUGGAUCUCAGAGCAGAAAUUCAAUCGGCCCAGGCAGGAUCUCAGAUUCACCCCGGUGCUGCCUCGGCCGCCGCGGCUUCUUCUAUUCCGGUCUCAAUGGCCAGUACCCUGCUCCGAGCUCCGUCGCUCUUGUUGCGCGCCACCGAGAAGUACCCCCGCACGCCAAAGUGCGCCAGGUGUCGGAAUCACGGCGUGGUGUCCGCGCUGAAGGGCCACAAGCGCUACUGUCGGUGGAAGGACUGCAUGUGCGCCAAGUGCACUCUGAUCGCGGAGAGACAGCGCGUCAUGGCCGCCCAGGUAGCGCUCCGGAGGCAACAGGCGCAGGAGGAGAACGAGGCCAGAGAACUGCAGCUUCUCUACGGCACAGCCGAAGGUCUGGCCCUGGCUGCCGCCAAUGGUAUCAUUCCUCCACGGCAGAACUAUGAGGUGUUCGGCUCUAUCAACAACGACAGCAGUCAAGACUCAAACAUCCAAAAGUUUGAACUCUUUCCGAAGAGCCAUAUUUCGGUGCCAAUGUCUUCACAGCAAACCGUGGGAAAAUCCGUUUCCACAGAUUCAGAGUCAGUACCUGGCAUCUCCUCGCCAGACAUGCGCCACGGUUCUGGGUCCGAGAACGGAGACGGAGAGUCGUUCGUCAGCUCCCCCGUGUCCAAGCCACUGAAAGACGGCGAGGAAACCCCCGGAUCCAUCAGUCCACUGGGUACCGACUCCGGUUCAGAAACCGACAAAGACGACCAAGACCCGUCCUCCACUUCCGCAGCCUCCAGGCAAAUGAACGCCAUCGACAUUCUCACCAGAAUAUUCCCUAGCCACAAGCGCAGUGUUCUGGAGCUGGUCCUGCAAGGCUGUGGUAAAGACGUGGUGCAGGCCAUCGAACAAAUCUUGAACAACAGCGGGCAGCCUAAAGCUCCCGAGGAGACGUGGAAUGCGGAGAGGCUUCUGCAGAGCGCGCAACCCAUGUCAUCCACGCCCAGGCCCAUGCUACCGGGAGCCAUGACGCUCAGCAACCGCUCUGCUUUCUCACCUCUGCAGCCGAACGCAUCUCACUUCGGAGCCGACCCCAGCACCUACUCCCUGGGCACUCACCUGGGCCUGAACCCUCUUCGCCUGGCGUACUCAGCCCACAGCCGAGGCCUGGCCUUCAUGACCCCGUACUCGACAACCGGGCUGAUGCCAACGCUUGGAUUCAGACCGCCAAUGGACUAUGCGUUCAGCGAUCUCAUAAGGGACAGGACAAUUUUGCACAAAGACCAGGGGUACACUAACGGACUCUACGGCCCACUGGUUAACAACACCCCGGACAAGCAGUGAAGACGCUAACAGAGACAGCCUGGGAGUGAACCAGGGGACACUGCUAUGUAUAUAAUAGCACCCACAAUCUUAAACACUUACUGUAAAUAUUGUAAUUUCUGUGUAUCCGUUAUGGUUCCCUAAAUCUAUAUGUGAAAGCAAAGACGUAUCUAGACAUGUUUCAAUCUGUAAUUGAUAAAUCUGUCAUGUCCAAGUCGGCAUCAUUUGC